GGACGUUGCAAUGUUUUUAACGAAACGGGCAUUGGCAGCAGCAUUGCUGGGACUUUUAUUUGCCUUGUUGGAAAAUCAAAUCGUUCAAACUGAUCAAAUCCAAAUAUUUCCGGAAGGGGAAAAGGACCAAUACGGGAUUGGGCAACACAUCAUUCAAGCCGGCUCAACCCUACUACUCACUUGCGUCGAAGAAUUGCACCUUUCAAAAAAUAAAAUAAGAUGGAUCAUUCCCCGAAUCACCCAAAGAAAAGAAAGAUCGGCCAAACGAGUGAAAAUAACAACUUUUAGGAAUGAAACGGACCUGAUUUCGACGAUGACGUUGACAAAUGCCACACCCAUCGACACGGGAUUCUACAACUGUCAAAGGAAAGGGGCGGCAAAUCGCUACGUUUACGUUUUCAGUCACGAAAAACUUGUUUUUAUGGACAUACAACAUAAUAACUUGACCGUCCCCAAAGAAAGGGAAUCUAUCCGGAUUCCUUUGAAAACGACACAUCCCAACGUCAGCAUUUCAGUUUUUCGACAAACCAAUGAAUUAGGAGUCGAAUUCCAACAGGAAUUUGUCAAGAUAUUCGAUUCGUCGUCACUUGACAAUACAAGAUUUUCAUUCGACUCUAAAUGGGGACUGGAGUUAAGGAGUCCACAGGUUUUCGACUCGGCAUAUUAUUAUUUUGUCGGCCAUUUGCCCAGCUGGAAUGGGAAAAAACGCGUCAAUAUUAUUAAGUAUGACGAUGACACUGAAGAAUUUCGGAGCUGGUUGUUGCCACUGGAUGCAAUCAACGAAACCGACAUAACGCGCUUGCCUGUAAUUGUCCAAGGAAUAGAACUGGAAAGAACGGGAGCACCUGCCGACCCAGUGGAAGGAUCCGACGUUACAUUAAUUUGCAGCACUGCCUACGAUGCCAUGUCUAAUCGCCCGAUGUGGUUCUAUCAUGUCAAUGAUAAUUAUUCCCUAUUCCACUACCCAGAGGAAAGUAACAGCACGAAUAACUUGAUGAAGUUUUCAGAGAAAGAAGAAUCGGAAACUUUGUUCCAGCAACGGAAAAAUGAUAUUCAAAUAAAGACGGAAAGCAAAUUUCAUUUCUUCUCCAAAAGUCAAUUACAUCUGCAUAACGUAACCCUAAAUACUCCCUACACGAAAUUCAAAUGCAAAAUCAGCAAUGAACGAUUGUUUAAAGAUGAAGACAUUUCUUUUGCUGUUAAAGAAAUAAACAACGACCCAGAGAAUAAUAUUAUUACCCUAGAAAAAGAGGUCGCACAGAAUUUGAGUUGCAACCGAUUGUCGCAACAUGUUCCUGUUCAAUGGCUCAAGGUGAAACUUUCCUAAUUACUAAAAAUUGCCAAUUUUAUUGA